CGGGAUUUACAGAAAAGAAGAAAAAGUUGUCUGAACUUUUUUUUGUGUUUUAAAAACAGUGAAUUUUUUGUUGAAAGUGCACAAAAUGUCCCGCAUCAGUGAGAAUAUUUUGGAAAAGGAGAACAUUGCCGAAGGAAUGGAAAAGAUCUCGAUCAAGAAUGUCCGCAAAGCUCUGACCGAGAGCGGUGCCAACGUGCCCCAGGCUGUGGAUGCGGAAAAGACAGACGCCAAGGACGCUUCCAAGCCGGACAUGUCCGCCGUGCUCAAGGCCGGCCAGGCCCCGUUCGAUCCGUCCAUCGAACCCCUGCUCAAAGACAACCCGCGCCGUUUCGUCAUCUUCCCGAUUCAGUACCACGACAUUUGGCAGAUGUACAAGAAGGCCGAGGCCUCGUUCUGGACGGUCGAGGAGGUCGAUCUGUCGAAGGACUUGGGCGACUGGGAGAAGCUCAAGUCGGGCGAGAAGCACUUUAUCUCGCACGUGCUGGCCUUCUUCGCCGCUUCGGACGGCAUCGUGAACGAGAACCUGGUCGAGCGGUUCAGCCAGGAGGUGCAGGUGACGGAGGCGCGCUGCUUCUACGGCUUCCAGAUCGCGAUGGAGAACGUGCACAGCGAGAUGUACUCGCUGCUGAUUGACACCUACAUCCGGGAUCCGAAGGAGAGGGAAUACUUGUUCAACGCGAUCGAGACGCUGCCCUGUGUGAAGAAAAAGGCUGACUGGGCGAUGAACUGGAUCUCGAGCAAGCACGCCAACUUUGGCGAGCGCGUGGUCGCUUUCGCCGCCGUCGAGGGCAUCUUCUUCAGCGGCAGCUUCGCGUCCAUCUUCUGGCUCAAGAAGCGUGGCCUCAUGCCCGGUCUGACCUUCUCGAACGAGCUGAUCUCGCGCGACGAGGGACUCCACACCGACUUUGCCUGUCUCAUGUUCCGCUACCUGGUCCAGAAGCCUUCCAAAGAACGCGUGCUCGAAAUCAUCCGCGAAGCCGUCGUCAUCGAGCAGGAGUUCCUCACGAAAGCCCUGCCCGUCGACCUGCUCGGCAUGAACUGCGAGCUGAUGUCCCAGUAUAUCGAGUUUGUCGCGGAUCGUCUCCUGCUCGAGCUGGGCAACGAAAAGAUCUACAACACCAAGAACCCGUUCAGCUUCAUGGAGUUCAUCUCCCUCGAGGGCAAGACGAACUUCUUCGAGAAGAAGGUCGGCGAGUACCAGAAGUGGGGCGUGAUGGCCAACCGCCUUGACAAUGUGUUCACGUUGGACGCUGAUUUCUAGACUAGACUGUAAGGACGGCAUUUGUGUUUAAGCGAGGUUAGACUUAGAGCCCGACGAAAGCGACGCUCGAUCGAUCUGGAUUGAUCAGCUGUGGCGUUGGGCGGCGCCAAGGAUGAGAAGCUCUGCGUUGAGCAUGUGAUUUCGUGAGUCGUUGUAACGAAAGUAAUUGUAUAUUUUUUUAUUUCUCCACCCCAAUUCGAUACCAACCUGAACGUUAUAUAGAUUUUUUUCUUUAUAGAAAUUUUUACGUGCGAUAUAUUUCGAGCUGAGGCAAUUCUCCUAUCAUACAAUUAUUAUUUUUCCGCGUUUAUUGAAUCAUCGUAAACAAAACAUAUAUUUAUACUAAACCAAUUUUUUAUCACAAUCACAAUUUACAAAAAACAAAAAAACAAUAUUCGUUAAGCGUCGUAUCUUAGAUGUGUAAGACUAAUAAAAUUAUGACUUCUAGACGUAGUUUCUGUACAAGCAAAAUACAAAAUAUGUAAUCAGGCUGGAAAGAGGAUCUCUUCACGACUGUAAAUAAACGUCUCAAAUAAAUCGCAAAACAAACAUAA